GUCUGUUAGUUGCCGCCCACUAAGUUACUCAGCCAGGUGACAGCUGAGCCAGCAGGGACCAACACGGCUGCACGGAUCGCACCAUAACAGACCAACUUAACGCUAUCCGUCAGCGCUUUAUCAUAGUGAAACACACACAGAUAGUAGUUAUAUUUACUUUCGCGGUGUACAUGUCCUUGAUUUGAAAAGCCUCCCUUCCACUCGUCGUUGCGGAGCAGCCUGCUAGCAGCGCGAGGAGAGGAUAUCACUAACGUUAGCGUGUGACGUCCCAACCGCCACAGAGGGCUCAACGGCUGCUGCAUUUCCGAGCAGGUAACGUUAGACAGCCAACCGACAACAUGUCAGAGCCGUCCGGAGAGGCGAAGCUGGAGGUGAAACAGGCGAGCAAAGAGGUGAAAGAGAGCGAGAACGUAGCGGAAAAAUACUCAGCCAUGACCGUAAGCAAGAACAGCGAAAUGAACAUGGGAGAACUGUCGUCCGCCUUCAGCGCUGUGCCCACUCACAAACCGGUGAAGAAGCAAAUCCAGUUUGUUGAGGACAAGCAGGAGUUCAGCAGGUUUCCCACGAAGGCAGGCCGUCGCUCCCUGUCCCGCUCCAUCUCUCAGUCAUCCACAGACAGCUACAGCUCCGCUGCCUCCUACACAGAUAGCUCUGAUGAUGAAACCUCACCACGGGACAAAACUCAGGUCAACACCAAAGGCAGCAGUGACUUCUGUGUCAAGAACAUCAAACAGGCUGAAUUUGGCAGACGUGAGAUUGAGAUCGCAGAACAAGACAUGUCAGCACUCAUCUCACUCAGGAAGAGAGCGCAGAGUGAGAAACCGUUGGCAGGUGCCAAAAUUGUGGGCUGCACUCACAUCACUGCCCAGACUGCAGUGCUGAUCGAGACUCUGGUGGCUCUCGGGGCUCAGUGCCGCUGGACUGCAUGUAACAUAUACUCGACACAGAACGAAGUGGCUGCAGCUCUGUCAGAGAACGGUGUGUCUGUGUUUGCCUGGAAAGGGGAGUCUGAGGAUGAUUUCUGGUGGUGUAUUGACCACUGUAUCAACACUGAGGGUUGGCAGCCUAACAUGAUCCUUGAUGAUGGAGGAGACUUGACACACUGGAUGUACAAGAAAUACCCCAAUGUAUUCAAGAAGAUCAGGGGCAUUGUAGAGGAGAGUGUCACUGGGGUUCACAGGUUGUAUCAGCUGUCUAAAGCUGGAAAGCUGUGUGUGCCUGCUAUGAAUGUAAAUGACUCUGUGACAAAGCAGAAGUUUGACAACCUGUACUGCUGCAGAGAGUCAAUCCUGGACGGCUUGAAGAGAACCACAGAUGUCAUGUUCGGAGGCAAACAGGUGGUCGUAUGUGGGUACGGUGAGGUUGGUAAAGGAUGUUGUGCUGCUCUGAAAGCUCUGGGAGCAAUCGUCUAUGUUACAGAGAUUGAUCCCAUCUGUGGCCUGCAGGCCUGCAUGGAUGGAUUCAGGGUGGUCAAGUUGAAUGAGGUCAUUCGCCAGGUUGAUGUCAUCAUCACAUGCACUGGCAACAAGAAUGUGGUGACCAGAGACCAGCUGGACCGGAUGAAAAAUGGCUCUAUUGUCUGUAACAUGGGCCACUCCAACACUGAGAUUGAUGUGGCAAGUCUGCGGACCCCCGAGCUGACCUGGGAGAGAGUGCGCUCUCAGGUGGAUCACGUCAUUUGGCCUGAUGGCAAGAGGGUCAUCCUUCUGGCUGAGGGACGUCUCCUUAACCUCAGCUGCUCCACCGUCCCUACUUUCGUCUUGUCCAUCACAGCCACCACUCAGGCCCUGGCCCUUAUAGAGUUGUACAACGCUCCUGAGGGACGAUACAAGCAGGAUGUUUACUUGCUUCCCAAGAAGAUGGAUGAAUAUGUCGCCAGUCUGCAUCUGGCCACUUUUGAGGCCCACCUGACAGAGCUGACUGACGAGCAGGCAAAAUAUCUGGGCCUGAAUAAGAAUGGUCCCUUUAAACCCAACUACUACAGGUAUUAGACUGUGGGGGAACCAUACCUCUAAUCGUCUAAACGUGGACGGUACCCGGCAUCAUCCACCCCUCGGACAAGACAAACAUUUAUGUAUAUUGUAUUUUAUACUCUUCACAGGAUGCACAGCCUAUAUUUAGUUGUAUUCUGGCUGCAGCAAGUUUUCUCCUUUCUUGCUGCUUCCUACAGAACUGCACAGGGCACCCGGCUGGCUAUAAUAAGUCACUGUAACCACAGCACAGAUACAAUAUAUCAGUUUUAUCUAUUCCAUCCUUGUUUAUUUUGGAGUUCCUAUAGAUAUUGAAUAAUGUAUCAAUUUGUUGUGCCAAAUGAGUGUGACGGGGGAAAGGUUAUAGUUGUUGUGAAAUGUUAAUGGUUAGUUGUUAAGUCAGUUAAACCUGAACAAAGCGAUACUUUUGAUGUACAAACAUAAAAUUCCUCCAUAUAAUGUUAAAGGGUCACUUGAAAUUCCAGUCCGAUGGAGCUCUGAAGCUCACUGAGCUUUGUAAACAUUGUUAGCUCUACCCAAGUCUCACCUUACACAAAGUGACAGAGAGCUGAUAUAUAUUCCUGGCUGGUGAUGGAAGUCAAGCUCCAGAUGUGUUUCUCAGGAGUGGGUGGACCAAAUUAGAGCUAAAAGGCAGUACAUUUAUCUGCAGGCCAAAAAUCGGCACUUGUUUGCUUCCCAAUGAGCCAUAACAACUCGAUAAUCAGAUUAUCAGUCAGGGCUGUGUUUCUGUGAGUUUUUCUGCCCCUUCUUGACAAAAAUCGCUUGACGCAGCUUUAACGUUUGUUUUCUGCUUUGAUGUGGCAGCACUCACAUAACUUCAUACAUUCCAUCCAUGAGAUAAAGAUGUUAUGUUCUCUAUAGUACCAUCCACAUCACUGCGAACCUUCAGCAGAUCUUGGUAAAAAGGAACUUUUUAGACUAUAGCAAACAUAAGAAGGGAGCUUUGCCUUCAUUUUCCUGGAGACGUGUUCAUUUAGGGGGUUCUGGUGUUUGUAAAAAAAUAGCACCUCAGGUUGUUAAAAUAUCUCAAAUUAUGUGUAAAUAUAUUUUUUACCAGAUCAACACUCUGACGUUAGUAUCUAUAAACUCAGCAUUAUACUCAUUUAUUUACAGUAGAACUGUAAAAUAGCUAUAGAGAUUUUGAUACUAUGAUCAAAAUCAUUGCAAGUCAUCUGCAGCUAUGUUUAGUCUGUGUAAAGCGAACUCAAGUCACAGAACAGUGUUACACACAGUAUUUUUACUGUAUAUGCAACAGCCUCUGAUCAGCUGGUCUCAGUGUGGUAUUUCCAGAAGAUGUUAGAUUUGUCACAAGACUCUUGUGUGUUGUGUUGACAAUGUCUGUUUUUACAUUUAACAAGUUAACGACUGCUAAGUAAACUUAGAAAUCCAAAUACUCUGGGCCUAAACAUGAAUAAGCUUUCUCUGUCAGCACAUUUAUCUAGACAGUUGUGUUAGCUUUAUCUUCUGCGUUCAUUUGUGGCAUUUGACCAUCAUUAUAGAUAUUCGAAUAACA